CAUUCUUAUCUAAUCGUGUUUAUACACCGACAAUAAUAAUUCAGCAUUUUUAUUAUUAUUCUAAUGUUUGAGUAUAUUACAAUUUCAUCUCGUUAGUGGUCAACCGUCCCCUACUAGGAAACCGAAUUUUCAUUAUUGUUUUCGUCGAUUACUUCCGAUUACAAAAUAUGUACUGCCUCACGUACGCGAUCAAAUUUAAAUCCAUCCGAUGUUCAUAGCGUUAAGUCCCAAAAGUAUCAUUGAAUAUUUAUUUAUGGACAAAUUACUUUUUUUUGUCUGUUUCAUCGGUAUCCUCGUCAGGAUCUAUUUGAGCUCUAGUGAUUUUGGCUCUUCUAUUGCAGAUAGGGUUGAAGUAUCUACGCCAUUAAACUCCUGGAAAAGAGUUAUAGAAGGAGUAUCAUUAUACAAUGAGAAUAUAAAUCCCUAUGAAGGAGAUCUAUUCCAUGAGACUCCACUGGCUCUUGUAUUUUUCAGUUACUUGACAUCAAUUCUUUCUGAUUUUUAUGUAACCUUAGUAUUUAUUGGUUGUGAUAUCCUCACUGCUUUUGUGUUGUAUUCUACAUCCAAGAUUUAUACCAAAAACCUAAUUAUACAACAAACAAAAACCAAAAAUAUAUAUAAUAAAGAGUUCAACAAAUUAUUGAUACCGGAUGACUUUUCUGUCAUAAAUCCAGUUUAUGUUUGUUCAGUUUAUAUGCUUAACCCCUAUACUGUGUUUAGUUGUAUUGCAAGAACAACUACAGUAUUCAACAAUUUAUUUUUAGCAUUAUGUUUGUAUGCUAUGGUAAAACGCCAAAGACUAUUAGGUUGUUUAAGCUUAGUAUUAGCAUCACUUCCAACUUUCUAUACUUUUGGUUUAGUAGCACCAUUAAUGAUAAGUUGUGCAUCGACUGACUCCAAGAAAAAGACUGGUUCAUUUUUAAUUACGUUCUUAACUUGUGUGGCUAUUAGUUGCACUUUCUUAUAUAUUUGCUAUACUAUUAUGAACGAAUGGACAUUCCUAGACUCUGUAUAUGGUUUUAUAUUGAAUGUACGCGAUUUAAAACCAAACAUUGGUUUGUUUUGGUAUUUUUUCACUGAGAUGUUUGAACAUUUUCGUGCAUUAUUUGUCUGUGCUUUUCAAUUAAAUGCCUCAAUUUUAUAUGUGGUACCAUUAAGUAUACGUCUUCGUCAUGACCCAUUAUUAUUAGCCACCAGCUUAUUGGCAUUAACAGCAGUUUUUAAGUCCUAUCCAAGCAUUGGAGAUGUUGGUUUUUAUCUUAGUCUACUUCCAAUUCAUAGACACCUAUUUUAUUUUAUGCAACAAGCAUUCAUUGUAUCAUGCUUUUUUGUUGGCUGUACUGUUUUUGCCCCAACUGUGUGGCAUUUAUGGAUUUAUUCUCGUUCAGCAAAUGCAAAUUUUUAUUUUGGAGUAACCCUUGCUUUUGCAACAACUCAAAUAUUUCUGAUUACUGAUUUACUGUUUGCAUACAUCAAGCGAGAAUUUGCUCUAAAACAUGGUAUGAAACGUAUGAUCAAUGGUAAAGAAGCACGCCUAAUGCUUGACUAAUGUUAUAUAUUAUAUAUAAUACACAGCAUUUUAUUUCUUCAAAUGAUACUUUGAAAUAAAAUAAUUUGU